GGCCAUCAGUCGAGUGGUUGACCAAAUUCCUACCACAGUUGCCCAUCUUCUUCUCCAUUCUCCUUGUUUACUGGAGGAGAUUCCAUUCUUCCAUGGAUUCCGCCCUCUCUGUUAUGGCGUCCAAUGCGCCUCUCUUCACUCUCUCCACCAUUACCCGCAGCUUCUCCACGCUCAAUUUCACCCACUCCCUCUCCAUUUCCCCUAUCUCCACUCUUUCUUUCUCGCUUCGCGCUGCAGUUCCUCCUCUCCACCGUCGUCACAAAUUCAUCUCCAACUCAUCUUCUGGCAAUGGAAAUGGCGGCGUUCGAGGAGAGAGCGGUGGUGGUGGCGGCGGCGACGAUGGUGGACCUGAUGGCGGCGAUGUCGGCUCGAACUUGCUUGCUGGAGAAGCUGAGGACGACGCUGCGCUGUCCGCAGACGCGAUUGUUCUUGGUGUUGGAGGGAUGACGUGCAAGGGGUGUUCUGCGAGUGUCAAGAGGAUUCUUGAGAGUCAGCCACAAGUGUCACAUGCUAGUGUUGACCUUGCUUCUGAGACCGCAGUCGUGUGGCCCGCAGCUGAAGCAAAAAUCACACCCAACUGGCGGGAAGAGCUAGGAGAGGCACUUGCGAAGCAUUUGACCACUUGUGGUUUUUCUUCUAAGGUUCAAGGUCAGCAUCAUAAAUUCGACAAGGUGCUAUAGGAGGGGACGUUUCACUAUAGGAGGGGAUGUCGCAUACUGCGAGGAGAGUGACAUAUUUCAGGUAUGUAGGAGUAUAAUUCUUUGAAGUUGAUUACAAGCUAUAGUGUAUGUUUGGUUGUUUUUAUGCGCCACGGAUAUUAUUUGCUGAUGUUGUGCUAGCUGUUUAGAUUAUUAGCAUUUGAAAAAUGUUACUUGAAAAUUUAUUUAUGUAGUAGUUAUGUAUUAAUGUUAUAUACAAGCCAAAUGUAAAAUGUCUAUAU